CAGAGAGGGGAGUCGAGAGCUCUGCUGGGAACUACAUGGUGCUCAAUUUUUCAAGAUGUCGUCGCUGGAACAGAGGCUGUCGCGAAUCGAGGAGAAACUAAAGCAGGAGAAUGAAGAAGCUCGCCGGAGAAUCGACCUCAACAUCGACAUGAGUCCACAGCGGUCACGACCGAGGCCGAUCAUCGUGAUCCAGCUCAGUCCUGCUCCAGCCCCUUCCCAGCGUGCAGCGCUCCAGCUGCCCCUGGCUAAUGAUGGAGGCAGCCGUUCGUCAUCUUCAGAGAGCUCGCCUCAGCACCACCCGUACCCCAGCCGCCCACGACACAUGCUAACCCUGCCCACGCCUCCGUAUGGCCUACAGAAGAGCCUAGAGAAUGCAGAGAUUGACCAGAAAUUGCAGGAGAUCAUGAAACAGACGGGUUAUCUGAAGAUCGAUGGGCAGCGGUAUCCAGCAGAGGUAACAGACCUGAUCAGCGAGGGGGAGAUCGGCAGCGGGACUUGUGGACAAGUCUUCAAAGUGCGAUUCAAGAAGACGGGCCAUGUCAUUGCGGUCAAACAAAUGCGUCGCACAGGAAACAAAGACGAGAACAAGCGGAUCUUGAUGGACCUGGACGUGGUGCUGAAGAGUCAUGACUGCCCUUACAUCAUCCAGUGCUACGGCGCCAUAGUGACCAACACGGAUGUAUUCAUCGCCAUGGAGCUGAUGGGAACUUGUGCUGAGAAGCUAAAGAAGAGAAUCCAGGGUCCCAUCCCAGAGCGAAUCCUCGGAAAGAUGACAGUGGCAAUAGUGAAAGCGUUGCUGUACCUGAAAGAGAAACAUGGCGUUAUCCACCGGGACGUCAAACCCUCUAACAUCCUGUUAGACGCUAAAGGUCAGAUUAAACUGUGCGACUUCGGCAUCAGCGGACGCCUCGUCGACUCCAAGGCCAAGACCCGCAGCGCCGGCUGUGCUGCCUACAUGGCACCUGAAAGAAUAGACCCUCCAGAUCCCACCAAACCUGACUAUGACAUCCGGGCAGACGUGUGGAGCCUCGGCAUCUCUCUGGUGGAGUUGGCUACAGGACAGUUUCCCUACAAGAACUGCAAGACAGACUUUGAGGUUCUGACCAAAGUGCUGCAGGAGGACCCUCCUCUCCUGCCUCUCGGCAUGGGUUUCUCCCUCGACUUCCAGUCCUUUGUCAAAGACUGCCUCACAAAGGAUCACAGAAAAAGGCCAAAAUACCAUCAGCUGCUGGAGCAUAGUUUCAUCCGGCGUUACGAGGUGCUCGACGUGGACGUGGCUGGUUGGUUUCAGGUGGUGAUGGAUCGCACCGAGUCGCCUCGCAGCAGCCAGUGUUACAGCCAUCAGCAUCAACUCCACUCGCUCUUCACUGCACAGUGGAUUACUGGACUGAUUUGGUUUCAAUAUUAUAUACUGAGACCAAGAAAAGCAGCAAAUUGUUACAGUCAAGAUGUAAAAGAUGACCAGGAGGUGGAAAAAAAGAAGAGUUUACCUUUUGCAGAAUUACUUUGAUUAGGUAAAAUAUCCCCAUUCAAAGCUUUUCUCUUUUUUUUUCACUCUGUUUAUUUCUACAAAAGAAAACAGGAUGACCACUGGCACCUGAGUUACAGUUUGAGACCCCAGCUUAAAGGAUAUAAAGGAUGUGUGUACAUAUACUGUGUAAACGUGAGUGCAAGUCUACAUAGGCCGACGGAGUAGAGCGCUACUAUCUCCCUUCUUGCGGGACCACAGCCAAAGCAUUCUAGAUGUUCAGACUACAUCCCACAAACACCAAAUCACUGCUAGACAGAACAGAGGAGAUGCGAUGACGGAGAGGGGGAAAUGCGAAGUCAGAGAGACGGAGAGGGGUCCGGGAAUGUUGUCAAGAUGGUAGAAAUGAGUAUGGGGUGGGGCAACGUGAGGUGGCGGGGAGGAUAAAGAAAGCGUGGUGGCAGGUUCAAGGAAAGUCGGAGACAAGCUGAGUGACAGGAAGUAAGUGUAAGAGAGGAAGCGGUUUCACACAGGAGUGCUGAGCUCUGAGGCUAGCUGUUUGUUUUUGUUUGUGUUUUUUUUUUUUUUUGUAAAGAGCUUUCAUGGUGUUACGCCAACCUACCAAUUCUGAUUUUAGCGAGUUAGCGUGUUGCGUUCAUGACGUUUACUGUUCUGUUCAGACUGUUAUUUAUUUGCAUUGCUGCUGCUGCUACUUUUUUUUUUAUUGCGUUAGACGCUGCUGUCACUUCUUUUCCCCAAAGGACGAAUAUUUUAUUCUUGUUCUUUUAAGCCAAAUAAGUGAAAUAAUGCAAUGUCGAUACACGUGUUACCAAAAAAAAGCAAGUCUGAAGAGAGCAAAAGCAAGUGAGAGAAGCUUGGAUAGAUUAGAGAAGGAAGUGCAGAAAGGUUGGCUUCACGCAAGUACUAACUCACGCCUCACCUCAAAUGUACCUCUUGUGUGUAUUGAAAGCAGUUAAUUGUCAUAUCCUGAUGCCGCACUACACACUACUACUCUGUACAGUGUAGAUAUGAUUGGGGGGUGGGCGGGUCUGUCUGUCUGUCCAGAUGCUUUGUGCCACAUCCAUCCAACACUCUGUCCAUCCACUCCUCCAUCUGUCUGCAGGUCGCCUGCAAGCUUGACAACCUUGAUAGUUCACACCAAAGGUGACCACAACUUAACAAAAAGACAAAAGAGCGUUGUUGUUAUCAUUAUGAGUCUUGUUAUUGACAUUAUAAUUGAUUACUCUUAGCUAUGAUUAUAUAUGAAAUCUCUCUAGCUAGUGGGAGAGGAUGUGUGUGUGUGUAUGUGUGUGGGGGGGGGGAGAGUAUGUCCCAUGUAUGUGUCAUAUACAGUACAGAGGGAGACUGGUGCAAUAAUACAUGACCAGCUGGCUCAAACUCACCGCGGGCCUGGGUCAGGAACUGAGCUCACCUGACUCUUGGCAUCACUGAGCACCUGAAUGUUAGCCGUUCUGGAUAAGCGGUGUCACACAGCUGCUACACAACUGGCUCUGUUAGCUCUGGGCUUACCGAUCUGAGUGUCUCCUCUUCAGUCAAGUUAUUGAAGUCGCAAAAAAGGUGUUAAAGGUUAAGAGGUAUACCGUUAAUGUAAAACAUUAAAAGUGACAUAUUGUGCUCAUUUCUAACUCCGUAUUUUUAGUAAGGGAUUCAACUCCAGUAGCUUUGCACAAUUCAGCCCCAGCAUAGAUUCAGCUUCUAAGCCCCACCUCCUUAUAACCAUAUAAGGAAAUAUGUUCCAAGCUGACAUCAGAUAUGUAGGAAAGUGAUUAUCCACUAGUGUUACAGUAUCUGUGUAAUGCAGAAAAUAAAGCAUAAUGGGAAUUGGAAGCACAUAUUUCCUUACUUGGUUAAAGUAAUCCUUAUAAUUUAAGAAGAUUCAUCAACACAAACUGAAAUUAAUGAUUGAUUUAUAACCAAUAUUCUCACACACUGACCUUUAAUGUCAUGUGUACAGAUGAUGCUGCGUCUUUAAAAUACACUUAUUGAUAAUUCAGACUUAAAAACUAAGACUCAAAUUAUCUGUAGAUGCUGAUUGAUUAGGUUGCUGGUUUGGUAAGCUCGGUCCAAGCUGUUAAAUGUUUCUGAAUGAUGACUCCGGUGCGACCUGAUCAUGUUAAUUAGUCCCGGUUAAAGGUGGGCCAGCUUUGUAAUGCAGAAAAACCCGGCUUAAUCCUGACUCACUGACCCAGGCCUCUGAGCAGAUGUGAGGUGGAGUUGGCCUGACUCCGUUAGCUCAGCCAUUCUCUGGUUUUAAUACGGACACCGGAUGUAAGCUGGAACUGAUUUAAAGUGGUGCACACUUCCAUACGACGGGUGAAAACCCCCCCUUCAAAACCAUUAUAUACGGCCCUGGUUCUGGUGCUCUGCCAUCACAGCAGCCUGAGCUCUUCUCAUCGGUGCAGUUUCAAAUACAAGCUCGGCAGUACACGCCGCACUUCCUAUUCAGCGCUCAGUGUCCAAACUGUGCGUGCAUGCGUGUGCCUCGGCUAACUCGUGAUAAAGCUGGACCCAGUCUCCCGCUGUCGAGGUUCUCUGUUAUUAAGCUGACAUGUAUUUCACAAACACGCGCACACACUUGCCGACCGUGCCGUUGGUGUGCAUUUCCACUUGGUUGACUGACGGUGCCACACACCACCUUUAAAUCCUGUCACAUGUAAUUGCUUGUAUGUGUGUUUGUGUGAGAGUCGGAGGGGGGAAUUAAACAUCUGAUUACUAAACUAGACACACACACACCCACCAAAUGUAUAAAGUUAUCCCAUUCUACACAGCAAUGCUGGCUACUGCCGAUAGUGGCUUUAUGUGUAUAUUAGCUUGUGAGGGAGUCUGUGUGUGCGCGUGUGCGUGUUGUAACCCCAUCUGUAAGUAAACCAAAUAUCAUUUUCACUAUGCAGUCAUUCAAACCAUGUCAGCUUGCUUCAGAUUUGUUUGUUUUUAAACUUUGUUUUAAUCUGGUGAGGUGGGGGGGGAGAUGCUUUGUGUACAUACAGAAUUGGCAUCGAUGCAUUUUUAUUUUUUAUUUUCCCCUUCUCCAGCUCCACCUCCCUCCCUCCUUCCCUCCCUCCCCGUGUGAUUAACAUCACCGACUUCAGCGAGAAAGCAAGAGAGAUGUUUUGAAUGAGCUGACAAAUAUUUAAGGAAUGUAUUGGGGUCGGGGAGGGACGAGGGGGGGGGGUCAGACUGGGGUUUGUAGUUUGUUUUUGGUUUUUUUGUUGUUGUUGGUUUGUUUUUGUUUUUUGGGGGAGGGGGGAGGUAACAGAUCAAUGCUGUAAAGUAUAUCGAUUGCAUGUUAUUGUCACCGCUGUAACUGCCAUUGUUUUGUUUUUAUUGUUUCUUUGUUUUCUUCCAAGACAAUGGUUGGUUGGGACGGGGAUGCACAAAACUUUAUUCUUAUUUAUGAUUUUUACACUUGUACUCUGUAUUUUUGCUUUUGCAACAAAAAAAGUUGAAUUUUUGUGUAAUUAGAAAAAGAGAAUUUUUUUUUUCUUUCUUCCCCCCAACAUACUUUUUCACUUCAGACCCGUCACUAUGUGUUGAGGAGGAUGAGGAGGAGCUGUAUCUUUAUUAGCAGACAGUGUUUGUCCUGUUUUCGCCUCGUUCGUGUGCACAGUUUCUCUUUCCAGUUAGCCGCGUGAGCGCGUGGAGAGUGUACGUGAUGGUUAAUAGUCUACCAAAAGUCUUUUAUUGAUGGUGAUUAUUAUUAUUAUUAGCUUUUAUUUUUGUUUUGUUUUUUUAUUAUCAUCACAAUUACUAUUAUUACUGUUUUUAUUAUUGUUGUUAAUAUUAUUAUUAUUCAGGGCAAAGAUGACACCAAAUUGAACAAGGAAAUAAGUGGGUGAUCGAGAGCGGGGCGGUCCGUCUUUCUAAAGGUUUCUUUUUAUCGGCGAGGUGGAGCUGUUGGUUUUUCCCGUUACGCUGUAGUUGGUCUGUCCACCUUUGUCAAACCGCCACGUAAAAGAUAACCUCUGAACUCAAAGUCUGAUAGUAUUUUUAUUUUUUUUAUUAUUUUGAUUGUUAUUAUAUAUUGUUUUCCUUUUGAUCAGAUAUCAUGAUCAGUUUAUUUCUUGUUACCCCAGUUCGGGUCAUAAAUUGUGUGCUGUUUUUUUUUUGUUUGUUUUUUUUUUGUUUGUUUGUUUGUUUUUUUUGUCCCUUCUUUUAUUUUAUUUUUAUUUUUUAUUAUUCUUUCUGGUUUGCUGUAGUCGUGAGCUGAUGGUAAAACACCAGAGCUUUCUUUUUCUUUUUUUUUUAAUUGCUGAGACUGUUGUGACUGAUGUUGCACUUGUGAUGGUUUUAUUUUUGUUUUGUGUUGCAGAUUGUUGUGCAGACAGGAGGAGAAUAUUGGGUGUUUUCCUUAUUUUCUAAGAGUCACAGCAGUUAUUUUAUCAAUCAUAUAAAUCUGUGAGACAGAGCAAGAAGAUGAUUCAACAGUGUAUUUUUCUCACUGGUAUUUAUUUAUUAGUCAUUUGUAUGUUAUUUGUCUUUGUUUUUUUAUGGUUCUUUUUAAUAUGUAAUUUUUUUUUAAUUUUUUUGUGGAGGGCAAACAGGAUACAAGGCAGAGGAGUGGACUCUCUAUUGGCAUUUUUACCGUCGUGUACAGAAAGCUAAAUGUCGUGCUCGAUCACCACACUAAUGUACAGUCUGCUCGGUAGAUUAAAAGGUUUUUUUAGAAGAAGAAGAAACCUACAGCACAGUAAAACUCACUCUUUUUGGUUUUACUGUGACUCCCAGAUGAUUUUGUUUGCUGUUUACCCUCUCAGAAGACCCCAUCAGACUCCUCGUGGUUUGGAGCAACUGCAUGGUGUGUUUGAUUCAAGUGCUUCGCUCAUUAUUCACAGUUAAGUUGUUUGAAUUUGGAUGGUUUUAAUCAGUGGAUGCCACCCUCAGCGCUGACUUUCUUUAAAAAUGUAUAACUGGUGAUAGCUACUUUAUUAGUGGUCUGAUUGGCUCGUUGUUAUGACAGCGAGGUUGGGACAUGCCUGCUUUGAAAGGUUUUUGUUGCCUGGUUCUUCUGAUUUGUCAGUGUCAACUGCACGAUUUUGCUUGUGAGUGUGGUGAGGGGGGGAGAGGACUGACUUCAAAGGCUUCGUUUAUGUACACACACACGCACCGAUUUAUUGUCUUGACCGUUGUAUCAGUCAACACAGCUUUACUGCCUGUUUCCUUUCUCUUUUUUUUCUUUUGGUUUUUGUUGGUUUGUUUGUUUUAUUUUAUUUUUAGCUGUAUUUCAUCCCCCUCCCCAGUGUCAUUUCAAAUAAAAUAAAUGCCAUUAUAUUGUGAAUACCUCAGGAUCUCUUUGGAGUAAAAAAACAAAACAUAAUAAAACACAUAAAAAUCAAAUAAAUAAAUAAAAACUCAUAAAAAAAAA